CGGCAGUUUAGUAAGGUGUUUAGUAUACGACAACUAUAAGUUAUAACUAACGUAAUACACCCUAGCUAUAUACGAAAAUGGUCAAACGGACAUAGACGAUUUGGAAAUAGCCAUUUGGACUUGAAGAAAAUUAUUCAAGCGGUGCUAAAUAAUUGAAAAAUGCAGAAACUUAUCAAAAUUAUAAAUAAAUUGCAAGAUGUUUUCACAGUAAUUGGUGAUCAACAAAUGGUCGACUUACCACAAAUUGUGGUAGUGGGAACACAGAGUUCCGGUAAAAGUUCAGUGCUAGAAAGCAUCGUGGGAAAAUCAUUUCUACCUCGAGGAACUGGUAUUGUUACCAGGACGCCAUUGGUUAUACAAAUGAUUAAGUACACAGAAGGAACAAGAAAAUCAAUGUUAACGUCAAAUAACAUUAAAGACACAGAAAACAUUAAAGAAUGGGCAGAGUUUCUACAUAAGCCUAAUUAUUUUUUUUUCGAUUUUGAUUUAGUACGCAAGGAAAUUGAAGAUAAAACAAAUAGGCUUGCAGGAACUAACAAGGGCAUCUCUUUUAAUUCAAUUGUAUUGAAAAUUCACACUAAUCGCUACGAUCUGACUUUUGUAGAUUUGCCAGGUUUAACUAAAGUGCCGAUGGGAGACCAACCUCCAGACAUAGAUAUACAAAUACAGAACUUGAUUAUGUCUUAUGCCAAUAAGUCAAAUUCUAUCAUUUUAGCAGUGGUGACUGCGAAUACGGAUCCUUCAACAAGCGAAAGCCUUCAAAUAGCGAAAAAAAUGGACCCAGACGGCAUCAGAACAAUAGCAGUAGUUACAAAAUUGGACCUAAUCGAUAAAGGAACACUUCAAGACUCUAAUGAUUUACUGUGUGGUCACAAGAUUCCAGUGAAACUAGGUAUCAUAGGUGUGGUGAAUAGAAGUCAAAAAGACAUCGUUGAAAAUAAAUCAAUGGACACGGCGCUAUCUGCAGAAACAGAAUUUCUAAAAAUUAACUACCCAGAUAUAUAUAAAAAACACGGCAACAAGGCGUUAGUUCACACGUUACAGACGGUAUUGAUAACACACAUAAAAAAAGUGUAUCCACAACUUCGAGUUCAACUCGAAGAAAUGAAAAAGAAAUUGGAAAAACAACGUUUUCCACCAUGCAAACCUGAUGAACAUAUAUCGUUUUUAGUAGGACUUUUAAAAGAUAUUAGCAGAUCAUACGAAGACACUAUGAACGGUAAUCAAGACGAUGUUUCAAUCGAUGAAACUGUUGGUGGUGGCAGUAUUGCUCGAAUAUUCCAACAUAAAUAUUUAAAGAGAAUAAACGUCAUAGACCCCCUUCAAGGUUUAUCAGAUGAAAAUAUAUCAAAUAUAUUAUCAAACACAUCGGGCAUUUCCCAAUGUACUUUUGUCAAUGAAAAGGGGUUACAAAAAAUUUUAAGACACCAAUUAAAUAACUUAAUCGAGCCGUCGUUGGACUGCGCAGAUAUGGUGUGCAGUGAAAUGUUAAACGUUUUGAAUUCCAUUGACGUAAAAUUAUUGGAAACACUGAGACGAUAUCCAAAGCUCUAUGAAGAUGUACGAAAAGUGUUUGAAAAGUUGCUGGAAGAAAAUGUGAAUAAUAUCAAAGAAUUCAUUGCAUCAUACAUAGAAUCGUAUCGGGAGUGUAUAAAUACAGCAAAUCCAGAUUUUAUCUUAGAAAUAGUAAAGUUCAACGAUACAAUUCAAGAAGAAAUUCUCGCAGCUGUAAACAUAAAGAAGCAUGAAAGUGAUUAUAAACCAGAACUAGUUUUGAACUCAACCGGGAUGCCGAUUUUUCCGAUACCCGACAGAAUGGCUCAAACCGAUAGAUUAAAAACCAUUAGAAUUCAUAUGUUGAAACAAUUAUUAUCAGGUCUGAAUAACCAGGAUGUUGUGCCCCUAGAAUCGUCUGAACAAAUAAAAUUACACAAAAAUUUAAGUUACUGUUAUUUUGAGUACAUCAGAAAAAUCGUGCGGGACUUUGUUCCUAAAAGAAUUGUUCACAAAAUGGUAAAUUCGUUUUUAAAAAACCUCGACAAACGUUUAAACGAAGAAAUAUUUCAAACUUAUUUAAAAGAAAAGAAAAUUGGUGAAGUACUUAUAGAAGAUGAAAGUAUCAUAAAUGAUAGAAAACAUGUUGAAAUCAAGUUGGAUGCUGUUGGAAAAGCGUUGAAAAAUAUGGUUGAUAUUCGAAAUUGUUAAUUCCGAGUACAAUAACUAUAUGCAGCAAUUUCGUUUUGCAAUUUUAAUUUAUUUUUAAACUAUUUGUAUUUAAAAAUUAUAAAAUUAAUUGAAUGUAUUAUUUUUAAAUUGUUCAAGAAUA